UUCCCUUCUAUUAUCUUCCUCCGUUUGUUCUGCUGGUUUUUUCUUCGGAUGGGAAUGGUUCUGUUGAUCGGUGUUCUGGUGUGCUUUGAUUUACUGUUCUUUUCUUCGCAUUAGGACUUCUGCUUGUCACCGCAUCCCCUUUUCUUCCUUGGUGUUUAGAGGAUCAGUAUUAUAUAUUUCGUGAGCGUUUCUGAUCGAUUGCACCUAAUCAGGGCCGACUAGCUGGGAACCGUCAUGGCAAAGAGUUCAUUCAAGUUGGAACAGCCUCUAGAAAGAAGACAGGCUGAAGCUGCACGGAUCAGGGAGAAAUACCCAGACAGGAUACCAGUUAUUGUUGAAAAGGCUGACAGAACUGACAUACCAGACAUUGAUAAGAAGAAAUAUCUUGUUCCUGCUGAUCUUACUGUAGGGCAGUUUGUUUAUGUUGUUCGGAAGAGGAUAAAGCUUAGUGCAGAGAAAGCCAUCUUCGUGUUUGUGAAGAAUGUUUUGCCUCCUACAGGUUCAUUGAUGUCUACUAUAUAUGAGGAGCAUAAAGAUGAAGACGGCUUUCUUUAUAUGACCUACAGUGGGGAAAACACAUUCGGAAUGUUCUGAGAUCAGCAAACACGCAGUCUCCCCCUUACAUAAUGAAAAUAAUAUUGUACAUUCUUCUUUUAUCGCUCCAGUUCUCUCUGUCUUCUCAUCUCCUUGGAUGAAUCACCAAAACCUAGUAAAGUCUUCCACUUUGUCUCUUCCUCUCCCUUGAGCACAAUAUCAACGGGAAGAACUGAUAUUACCUAUCAAUAAAUUCCUUGUGCGUCUCAAAAGUCCAA